AUGACUGAUUCCCUGGUCCGAGCGCCCGAAACACCCACAGAUGAUGCUAUCGUCAGUUUGGGGUCGUGGGUCAUUUUGACAGAAUUAGCCUCAAAGACCAGCCGCAUAGAGUUUUUGGAUCCCGUCAACAAAGAGGUUCGGUUCCUUCGAAAGUGGAAUAUUCCGUACAGUUGCUUGUUGGGGAUACCCUAUGGCGCCACGCUGACGCUAGACCACGAGGGGAAAUGGCGCCGUUGUCGGCGGUUGAAUAUAGAUGCGUUUGUUGCGGAAACACUAGCGGAAUUACGCCGUCAAGGGGUAGACAUGGGCAGUGAGGACGAGGAGAGUGAGGAUGAAGGUGCUCCAUUGGUUCCGACUGGUUCCCAGGGCUCGCAGAAGCUACAGACGGAUGAUGUUAUAAGCAUGAAGAGCGACAAAGUUUCUCUAAGGGAGUUGAUCAUUGGUCUUUGUAAGGGCAGUGGUACUUUCCGGCGACGUACAGCCUUUAGUCAAGAAAAGUACAUACGGAAGAAGCUGGACCGCCAUGUGUUGCAGGUCGGUAUUAAAAAGUGCGAUUCGCAAAACAUUUGGGACGCGUACGCCUCCGCCUGGAAAUUAGGAGGUCUAGACUCACAUUACGCCGGAUACCUCCUUAACCAAGCGAAUAUUACAGCAGGUCAGAACGUUCUCGUCUUUGACCAUUCACUUGGCUUCCUCACCGCCUGCGUCCUCGAUCGUCUUGGCACGUUGGGCAAACUUAUUUUCGCCGCGGAGUUUCGAGGAGCCAGCUCUCAUAUCAUGAAGCAGACGAACUUGACAACGGAAAUCAAGUCGUGCUACCGGGAAAUACCUUUUGAUGUUUUAAUCGAAGGCUGUCGCCGUGGUUUCAACGACGAGAAGUUGCGUGAGGAUUUUCGAGGUUUUUUCUAUGGAGCGGAGAAUCUGGAGAAGAGUCUGGAGAAACCGGAGUUAAGUGAGUAUCAUCUGGAUCGCGUCCGAUUGGCCAUUCAGCGGAGGGAUUUGCGUCUGGCGAAUCGGUUGGCAUGUUAUAAGAUGGUUGAGAAGCAACAAAUAGAUUCGUGUGUGGCAGUUCUGGAUUGUAGUCGGCUUCCUGCUAGCAAUCCAAUCCUUACGGCGAACACACUUUCCGAUAUUUAUCAAAUUGCUGAGAAAACCUUGAAGCCAGGUGGUCGUCUCGUAAUAUUCCAUACCAACAUGCAACCUUUGUCUGAUCUCUACGCACACAUCAAGGCCAGAAAACACACCUGGACUAACUGCAGCUUCAGUGAGAUCUGCUCCAGAUCCAUAUGCUUCCUCCCUCAAAGGAGCCACCCACAAAUGGACAACUCCAUCCGACUGGUAGAAGGCUUCAUCCUCUGUGCUUCAAAAAUGGUACUCACUGAAAUCAACCCAACACCUCUUGACGGUCACGAACCACCUAGUGGGCAAGAGCCUCCCUCUAAAAAGCAAAAGAACGAAGACUGCUAA